AUGGGUAAAAUUGAAUCUGGAUGUUGUCGUAUUGGUGAUCGAUGUUUAAUUAUGCCAAAUCGAACUCGUGUUGAAAUAACAAAUAUUUAUUAUGAAGAUAUUGAAACAGAUUCAUGUGUAUGUGGAGAAAAUGUUCGAUUGAAACUGAAAAAUGUUGAAGAAGAAGAAAUAUCUUCUGGAUUUGUUUUAUGUGAUAUUGAACAAGAAGCAUCAGCUGUUGAAGUUCAAUUAAAAAAAUUAAUAACUUUAAUUGACCGUAAAACAGGUGAACGAACACAAGAACAUCGACGUUUUAUUAAACACAAUCAAGUUGCAAUUGCAAGAUUUGAAUUAACUCAAUCAGAUGAAACAAUAUCUAUGGAACCAUUUAAACGUUUUCCUCAACUUUCUCACUUCAUGUUACGUGAUGAAGUGAUGGUCGAACCGUUGUUAUUGGUAAAGUUCUUAAAAUAGUCGAGUAAAAACUUUUCUUUGUUUGUUGUUAUUUCAUAUUAAUUCUCUUUGAAAAAAAAAAAACAUACACACAAUCUAUGGAUAAAACAUUUGUUAUGCAUCUAAUUUAAAGAAGAACAUUAAAAUAAAAUGAAAAAAAAAUCAUUUGUCUUUUUCGUUUGGAGAUUUUAUUUUUCUCUCUCUCUCUCUUUCUGAUGUUAUUUUCACGUU